ACAGAAAGAAGCCAUACGGCACCGUUUUCAUCACUUUGUCUCUCUAAAUUCUCUUCUUUAACCAUUGUCUUCUUCUGUCACACUCUCUCUCUCUCUUGUUUCUCUCUCUACACAAGCUUAGCUAGCUAGCUCCAGCAGUGUACUAGUACAAUUCUCACUCUCACAUUUCUCUUUAUCUCUCACACACCAACACCUUUCACUGUGUGUAAAAAGUUGUUCAAAAGCUCAUUGCUUUAUGUGAAAGUUUUCUUUUUUUUUUUGUUUUUGGUUUUCUGUAGCUGUUUUUGAAAGUUGAAAAACCCUAGCUAGAAGUUAGAUCCACGAAUACCCAUUUGGGUAUAUGUUUGUUUAGUGUAGUUUUAUUUGAGCUAUGUGUUAAGGAAAAAAAAAUGGCUAGCUCCGACCCGAAUAAGCGUCCUCGACCCGGUCCAUGGCCACCUGCACCGGAAUCUGCAGCAAUGCCGCCUACUACAUGGGCAAAGAAAACUGGGUUUCGCCCGAAAUUCUCUGGGGAGACGAAUGCUAGUGAUUCUGGGCAAAUUGGGAUACAGCAGCAGUCGACCCGGAGGAGAGAGUCCGACCCGAAUUUGGAUCUUGAAGCGGGUCGGGUUAGGACUAGACAGGAGAAGGUUAAUGGGGAAACGACAGGUGAGAAGGAUAAGCCACCUGUGAGGAAAAGGAGAGACUCUGAUGGUGGUAGUGGUGGUGGAGUGGCUAAGAGUACUAAUGGACAAGCAGUUGGUACUACUGCUACUGCUGAGCCAGCUGCUGCAGCGACGACUGCAGCUGCGGCUCAGCAGCCGGCUCGAAGAGUUUCGAGGAAUGAAGAGGUUGUGGAUGUGUUGCCACAAAUAGUUGAUGAUGAUGGUUUUAUGUCUAGGCAUUCACAUAUGAAAUAUGAGCUUAGAGAUACUCCUGGUCUUGUUCCUAUUGGACUCUAUGGAUUUCAACAUUAUCUUUCAAUAUUGGGAUCGUUGAUAUUAAUUCCACUUGUGAUAGUUCCAGCAAUGGGUGGUAACUAUGAGGACACAUCAAAUGUCGUUUCCACUGUGCUCCUUAUGUCAGGAGUGACGACUCUCUUGCACACGUCAUUUGGCUCGAGGUUGCCUCUGAUACAGGGCCCUUCAUUUGUUUAUCUUGCUCCUGCUCUUGCAAUAAUUAACUCCCCAGAGUUCUUGGCAUUGAAAGGAAAUAAAUUCAAGCAUAUCAUGAAGGAGUUGCAGGGAGCUUUAAUAAUUUCUUCAGCUUUUCAAGCAAUUCUUGGAUACAGUGGGCUGAUGUCAGUAUUACUGAGGUUGAUCAAUCCUGUGGUUGUGGCUCCUACUGUUGCUGCUGUUGGACUUUCAUUCUACAGUUACGGUUUCCCACAAAUUGGUACAUGUCUUGAAAUCGGAGCGGUUCAGAUAUUGUUGGUUAUUUUUUUCUCUCUUUACCUCCGUAAGAUAUCUGUUCUUGGUCAUCGCGUGUUUCUCAUCUACGCGGUUCCAUUGGGUCUAGCAAUAACAUGGGCUGUAGCUUUCCUUCUGACGGCAGUGGGAGUAUAUAGCUAUAAAGGCUGUGAUGUGAAUGCACCAGUAUCACAUAUAAUAUCCGAUCACUGCAGAGAGAAUAUCCCUAAGAUGAAGCACUGUCGUGUUGAUGCUUUACAUGCAUUAGGAUCUGCUCCGUGGUUUAGAUUCCCUUAUCCAUUGCAAUGGGGUAUGCCCGUCUUCCACUGGAAAAUGGCUCUAGUAAUGUGUGUUGUAUCCAUAAUUUCAUCUGUGGAUUCGGUUGGGUCAUAUCAUGCAUCAUCAUUGUUGGUUGCGUCCAGACCGCCAACACCUGGUGUUUUAAGUCGAGGAAUUGGUCUUGAAGGUCUUUGUAGCCUCUUGGCUGGUCUAUGGGGCACAGGAACUGGAUCUGCAACUUUAACUGAAAAUGUGCACACGAUUGCUGUUACCAAAAUGGGAAGCCGCAGAGCAAUCGAGUUGGGGGCAUGUGUUUUAAUUGUCCUGUCUCUUAUAGGUAAAGUAGGAGGUUUUAUUGCAUCAAUACCGGAUGUCAUCGUUGCAGGCCUAUUAUGCUUUAUGUGGACAAUGCUUACCGCUUUGGGCUUGUCAAAUUUACGCUAUAGCGAAGCAGGAAGCUCGAGGAACAUUAUCAUAGUUGGCCUGUCUUUAUUCCUAUCCCUCUCUAUACCAGCCUAUUUUCAGCAGUAUGGCAUCACUCCGAAAAGCAACUUGCAAGUUCCGAGUUAUUUUCAACCAUAUGUCGUGGCUUCUCACGGUCCUAUCCGGACAAACUUUGGAGGGCUAAACUACAUUUUGAAUACAUUGUUAUCACUCCACAUGGUGAUAGCAUUCUUGGUAGCUGUGAUCCUCGACAACACUGUGCCAGGGAGUCGGCAGGAGCGUGGGGUGUACGUUUGGUCUGACCCCGAAACAGCAAAAAGGGAACCUGCUGUAGCCAAAGACUACGGAUUGCCAUUCAGAGUUGGCAAACUCUUCAGAUGGGUGAAAUGGGUUGGACUAUAAAGCCUGGGGUUAUGAUUUGCUGCUCAGAGUUUCAUCUAGCAACAUUUUUUCAAGCUCGUCAGGGAAGUCUCGCCAGAAAACGAACAUCUCGGAUUUGAUGAGGCAACACGAAUUCUAUGACUUCUCCACACGCGAGGCGAGUUUAUCGGACAAGUAGGUCUUAUAGAGAGGGAGAUAGUUGUGUACAUGUAAUAUAUCAGUUUGUAUAAACUGUAUUUAGUUUAGUUGAAAUGUCCAGGUGAACCUAUUUCUCUCUUCUUUUUUCUUUGGUCUCCCACUUUGUUUUCAUUUCUGCAGAGUUGAGAGAUUCAACUAUGUAUGUACCACAGAGAUUAAUAUUAUUCUUUUUGUUACAUUAA